AUGCAAGACGUCAUGUCCAUGCGCUAGACUGCAAUACCGCGCCUUUUCACAUCACUACGUCAAAGAAAUGUAUGCCACAGACGACUAGAUCCCUCUUUAGGCUAUAGAUGUAGACGUAGAUGAUGUAGUUGCCAAGUCGAUUUCUACUCUCUCAAUCCCCAUCUCACCCGAAACUCUCCAAUACCACAAAACAAAUCUGAUACCAAUUCUCCGAUCAGAAAAGAGAACAAGGAACAAAACAAGUUCCUGGGAAAUACAAAGAUCAAGAAAGGUCAAGAACAACUCCUAGGAACCCCAAAAAAUCCGGGCCUAAACCACUUUCCCACAAAAACACACUCAGCGCAAACUUCCUAAAAAAUGGUCAACACAUCUCACUCCCGUUCUGUCCGCGGCACCCUCUCGCACCCGUCUUCCUCCUCUCCGUCUUCCUCACCAUCCUCCUCCCAACCUCCCCCAAGCCUCAGCGACGCCACAAGUCUAACCCCCGAAAACGCCUCUAUCCGGCUUCCACUCCACGACUCGGCCCCACCACCAUCUCCCUCGAAAACCCCCGCCUCUUCUCCUUCUCCCGUAGACUCAGCUUCUCCUGCAGACUCAGCCCCCACACCAAGCACCCCCUACCGCACCCUCGGCACCGCAGCAGGCGGGUCGGAUAAGAGGGCUGUAGGAAAUCGUGCGGUGGAUGCCGCCGAGGGUACCGCUAGGGAUUCCGCUCAGGGUGCCGCUGGUACCACUGGUGAUGUCGCUGGGAAUGCAGCGUUGAAGGCGAAGGGAAAGGGAGAGGGGGAAGAAGAAGAAGAAGAAGAAGAAGUGCAUAGUCGACGGGUUAGAGGCACGCUGGGGAAUAAAAAGCGUGAAGGGAGGGUUGAGAAGACGAUGUUGGGGGAUCCGGCGAGUUUGACGGUUGAGGGUGGGGAGAAGAGGAUGGAUGGGGGGACGGAGAGGGAGGGGAUGGGGAAGAGGGAGAGUAAGUUGUAAGAGGGGGGGAGGAGGGUAAACUGUGGGGGAUACAGUCUGAGUGAUAUGGUUGUAAAAGAGAAGCCAGGGUAAGGGAAGUGUGCUGUUUCCGUAAGAGUUUGUCAAAGAAGAAAAUAGAGAGAACGACAACGACGUGCAUACACGGAUUUGUCGUUUUUUCUUUCUUUUCUAGGGAGGUUGCGGUUCAUGCAUGUUGCUAUAACUUUUUUCAUAUUUCCU